UCGAAAAAUUAACCAAGAUGAAGUUCGCCGUUUUCGCCUCCCUCCUUGCCUCCGCCGCCGCCUUCGCUCCGGCCCAGCAGUCCGCCCGUACCUCGGUCGCCACCAACAUGGCCUUCGAGAACGAGCUCGGAGCCCAGCCUCCGCUUGGCUUCUUUGAUCCCCUCGGAUUGGUUGCCGACGGCGACCAGGAAAAGUUCGACCGUCUUCGUUACGUUGAACUCAAGCACGGACGUAUUUCCAUGCUUGCUGUCGUUGGUUACCUUGUCCAGGAGAACGGAAUCCGUCUUCCGGGAGACAUCGACUACUCCGGAACCAGCUUCGCUUCCAUCCCCAAUGGUUUCGCUGCUUUGUCCACCAUCUCGACCGCCGGAAUCGCUCAGAUCGUUGCUUUCAUUGGAUUCCUCGAGAUCGCGGUCAUGAAGGACAUAACUGGAGGAGAAUUCCCUGGUGACUUCCGCAACGACUACAUCGACUUCGGCUGGGACUCCUUCGAUGAGGAAACUCAGUUCAAAAAGCGUGCUAUUGAGCUCAACCAGGGCCGUGCCGCUCAGAUGGGUAUCCUUGCCUUGAUGGUCCACGAAAAGUUGGGAGUUUCUCUCAUCCCUAACUAAAUGACGGUUACGCUUAGCAGCCGGUUAGAUCUAACUGAACUAGAAUAAUUCGACUUGCAUCACUGG